AAAAGGGUGAUUUUGCGUUGGACGAUAUCAUUCCGUUAUUGACAUUCUAGGAUAACUAUUGCGCACACGUUUGUGUUUUAAACUUUCAAACUAAUACAUUCACAAUGGCGGAUACUAUGCAACCAACACGAAAGGAUCCCUCUAUUAGAAAGAAUAAUAAACCUUUAAUGGAAAAAAGACGACGAGCCCGAAUAAACAGCUGUUUGGGUCAACUUAAAUCUCUGGUUUUACAAGCAAUGAAAAAAGAUAGUUCUCAAUUCUCUAAAUUAGAAAAAGCCGAUAUCUUAGAGCUGACAUUGAAACACCUUCGUGCCUUACAGAGACAACAAAUGACAUCAGCAGCAUCUAGCGACCCCAACGUCAUGACUAAAUACAGAGCUGGAUUUAACGAAUGUGCUAAUGAAGUUAUUCGAUAUAUGGGAGCUGCUUCAAGCGUUUCUGAAGACAUCCGUGGCCGUCUUGUUGGACAUUUAGCUAACUGUAUGCAAACUGUGAAUGGUGUCCCCCAGAAUGAAAACAUUCCACAAAGACAUAUGCAACCUCUCCAAGUACAGAUUCCUUCCACAGCCCCCUACCAUAAACCACACACAGUGCCUUCAUCUACGCCUGUUUCCUCAUUAUGUCACACACCAAUUACGUCAUCAUCCAGUAACCAAUCCACAGUUACCUCCCCUAGUUUGACCCCACGCAUGGUUUCUCCCAACGAGAACCAUCCGAGACUUUCCGGUUCCUUUCAGUUGGUGCCCGGUAAUAUGUGUAACGGAAACUCUGUUGCUGUGUACGUGCCCUCACAGAAUAACGGUUCGGUGCCAGUCUAUUCUCUCCAAGUUCCUUCCAUGAACAAUGGUCUCACGGCCUUCGUGCCUUCACCUACCGAUUUGAAGCAACAUUCUCCAAUCCAAUACGAUCAAACCUACUUCAAGAUGGAUUCCGAGAAACAUCACUAUUCUUAUGGUAUUAGCCCCGUGUGUUCUCCGUCCCAUGCUGCACUUAAAGAAGAAAAAGUAUGGCGACCGUGGUAAAAAAAAUAGACAAAACCGACCACCUGUGAAUACCGUACAUUGCCGUCAAGUAUGGCAACCGUGGUAGAAUGACAUUACGGGACAACCUGUGAAUACCGGACAGUGCCUUAAAGUAUGGCAACCGUGGUAGAAUAAUGACAA